ACCUCGCUGCAUCCUCAGUAAAAGCUCCGUGUUAACAUGAGCUCUGACACACACGGUCAGAGUGAUGUUCACUGUCGGAUCUCAUCUGUCAAACAUUCCGCCGGACUUUGCGCACGAAUCCCGGUGAAGUGACAGCGAACAGGAGUUACUCUCAGAUCAUCGGUGCUGUGGGACUCGAACAACUUUCAGCCGGUGACACUCGGGAUCAGACUCAAAUCAUCCCAGAACUGCCACAGACGUCAAGAUGCCUCUGAUCGAGCACGUAUCCUACUCGGACUUGGAGCGUUUGGCUUUGGAACGGGUCGUCCCGGGCUUGCUGGCUCACGGCUUCUGCUAUGUGGACGGUCUCCUCGGAGACCUGGCCGGGGGCACCGUGCUGGAGCAGGUGAAGGAGAUGCAACGCUCCGGAGCGCUGCAGGACGGCCGGCUGGCCGGCUCCGUCCCGGGCAUCCACCGGAGGAGCAUCCGCGGGGACAAGAUCGCCUGGGUGAGCGGGUCGGAGCGCGGCUGCGAGGCGAUCAGCUUCCUGCUCAACCUGGUCGAUAAGCUGGUGUCCGUGUGCGCCAGGCACCUCGGGAACAGGGCGAUCCGGGCGAGGUCCAAGGCCAUGGUGGCGUGUUACCCAGGAAAUGGCGCGGGUUACGUCAAGCAUGUGGACAACCCCAACUGUGACGGACGCUGCAUCACCUGCAUCUACUACCUCAACAAGAACUGGAACGCCAAGGAACACGGCGGCAUCCUCAGGAUCUUUCCAGAAGGGAAAUCCUACGUGGCCGACAUCAAGCCUCUGUUCCUGUUUCACUUGUCACUUUAUGACAAGACUGUUUAAAGAUGGACCUCACCUCCCUUUCUGCUCACGCUGCCUAGUGUACACCGUGGUCCGUUUAUUAGGAACCCCCCGUCUCAGACUGAUCCCAACAGUCCUGCAGUAAAUCCUCCUCGGUGAGAGUAGUGAUGUUCAGGUGCUGGUUCUCCUGUGUGAGCACAGUGGAGGCUGCAGCUUGUAACCACUAAGCUGUUUCCGGUGUUUAGCCCCGCUGAUGCAAAUGGAGUGGACAAGAUAAUAAAAUAACUGCAGCCUCCACAGUGGUCACACAGGUGAACCAGCACCUGAACAUUCACCUUUACUUAGUCUGACACAGCUGUUCCUAAUAAACUGACCACUGAGUGUACACUGUGUACUGGCCUGCAGAUGAGACUGCACGGAUUAUUUGAAAAUAAGACUUUAUAACAAAACCUAAGCUUAAAAACCAUAUUUCAGUUGGUCGAUGGUAACGAUAACUGAGUUUGUCACGUCGUGUGCUCCGCAGAGUAACUCCAGAUCACUAUGUACUCUUACUUUAUUGAAAUGUGUUGAGAGAAAACUGGAAAGUCCAGCUGCAUGUGCAGUUAGUGCUCAGAUUAAAUCCCAUUAGUAAUUAAAUUACAGGAGUCCACACCCUGAUUAAACAGGUGUUCACCUGCACAGACACAGUGGCUCUUUAUUCUCAGUGACAGCUAAUUAAAGUUUUCACAUCAUUUCAAGAUAAAACUGUCUCCUCUUCAGGCCAGUGUACUGCCUUUUCUGUAUUUCUCUUCCUGACCUGAUAUUGAUGUAGAGCAGGGGUUUUCAACCAGUGGUCCGUGGCCCGGUGGUCAGUGAAAGCACUG